CUAAGUUUUGGCUGAACAAUUCAAACAAAACCCAUCUCUCUGUUUGUAAUCAAACUUCCAGAUAUGUCUCUUGCAAGUACAAUUCAAUCAACUUGUAUUUAUAAUUAGUAAACAAAUCAUCCCUCCCAUCUGAAGUUUUCAAUUCAACUCUCCUUCCUUGUUGAUUCAUAUCCUUCCUGGUCAUCGUAGCCAACCUAAUGGCACCGUUUUCCUUUACCCAACUCUCCAAUUCAUUUGACCUUCAUUAAAAUAAUACCUUCAUUCCUGUCUUCAAAUGCCCAAUUCCCAUUUAUUUCCUCUCCAUAUGCUCUCUUUCUCCUUCUUCAACCACUGGGUUGGAGGUUGGAGGUUGGAGGUUGGAGGUUGGUGUUCAUCCCUCCAGACAGAGCAUAGUUUUCUCCUUUUCUUGUUCUUCAUCAUGGGGUUUCUCACCACAGCACUAGGUUCUUCCUUGUUCUUCGCUUUUGUUUUGGUUUUGGGUUUUCGUUUUAUAACCAAAACCUCUCUGGUUUACAUGAUAGUCAAGGGUUUUCAAGCGAUUACAGACUACUUCCAUGUCUAUCAAUUCUACAGAAUUCCCCAAUUCGAUGAGAAUCUACAGCACAAUCAACUCUACCUCCGUGUACAUACCUACCUUCAUUCCUUACCUUCCCUUGAGGAUUCCAAUUUUGCCAACAUAUUUUGCGGUGCAAAACCCGGCGAUAUUUUCCUCCGCCUUGACACCAAUCAAACAGUUCAUGAUUCCUUCCUCGGGGCAAAACUCCGCUGGAAAAUCGAGAUGCAUACUGAUCAUCAUCGGCAGAACAACCUUUUUUCGCUCCUUCUCAAGUUGAGGAAGGAUGAUAAGCGCAGAAUAUUCCGCCAGUACUUCCAACACAUCCUCUCCAUUACCGACGAGAUUGAACAACAGAAGAGAGAAAUCAAGAUGCACAUCAACGUGGACGGCGGUGCAAGACGGUGGAAAGCGGUCCCCUUUACGCACCCGGCAACAUUCGGUACAGUGGUGAUGGACGCCGAUUUGAAGAACAAGGUAAAAUCCGAUCUCGAACAGUUCCUGAAAUCAAAGCAAUACUACCACAAACUAGGCCGCGUGUGGAAACGAAGCUUCCUACUUUACGGUCAGCCAGGGACGGGGAAAUCAAGCUUCGUGGCGGCGAUGGCGAAAUUCCUGCAGUACGAUAUCUACAGCAUCGACAUGUCGAAAAUCUCAAGCGAUUCCGACAUGACGACCCUGCUGCUUCAAACGACGCCGAAGUCGCUGAUUCUCGUGGAGGAUCUUGAUCGUCAUCUAAUGAAAAGAUCGACGGCGACGAGCGUGUCGGGUGUACUAAACUUCAUGGACGGCAUUGCAUCGUACUGCGGCGAAGAGCGUGUGGUGGUGUUCACGAUGAGCGAUAAGAGUGGGAUUGAUGAAGCGGCACUGAGGCCAGGACGGGUGGAUGUUCAUCUUCAAUUUCCGGCGUGUGAUUUCUCGACGUUCAAGACAUUAGCGAUGAGCCAUUUGGGGGUAAAGGAUCACAAGCUGUUCUCUCAAGUGGAGGAGAUAUUUCAGAAUGGAGGCAGCAUGAGCCCGGCUGAGAUUGGCGAGAUCAUGAUAGCGAAUCGAAGCUCCCCAUCGCGAGCCUUGAAAUCCAUCAUAACAGCUCUGCAAAUGGACGGCAGCGGGAAUGGAUUCAAAUGGACAUCGGGUGGGCGGGAGAUUCAUGGUGAGGACGGGAUUGGAUCCAGACGAUUUGUUUUCAAAGACAAUUUAAGUAUGAAACUAUAUGGGCUUUUGAAAUUGGGACUCAGAAAAAAUGAUGAAUCUUCCGAUUCUAUUUCUCACUCUUUCGGAACAAAUACACUAUAGAAAAUCAAUAUGCAUUUUAGGAAUUAACACACAAUUGUAAUCAUCACAGGGAAAAGUAUCAUUUUGUUUUCUUCUUCUA